UGUGCCAAGCCUCUGAAUGUAGCCGGACUAGCCCUUUGGAAUUUAAGUGAUAUGUGUCUCACAAGCACGCUUUCAAAUGCCUAUGUCAUCACAAGACAUACCACCGCUGCAGACAGUCAAGGAACCCUAGCUGGGAUCACAGUUGGUUCAAUGCUCCUCUUUUUUGUCUUGUGUUUCCUUUGUUUGUGUCUGUUGUUGCUGAUUGUUUCAAGAAAAAGGAAGGUUGUUCAGCCAAAGGAAAAUGACCUAGAAUGUGGAGUGGCAGAUAACUGUAACCAAACCCAGGCAAACCCGAAUCAAAGCAAUGUUUCAGUCUUCAAAAAAGUACAAAAAACUACUGAGCAGCUGCAGACAGGAAGCUGUGAGAAAAUGGAUGCAAUGAUAAUGAACAUUUCAACCAUAAGCGAAACCAGGAAAGAUGAGUGCAAACACCAUAUCAAUAAGGAAGUUUCCCAAAAUAAACUCUUUAUGUAUCCAGAGGAGAAUCAUCACAUACAAAGAUUUAGCCUGGAGCCUGAGUCAGACAACAAGAUUAUCCUGAGCCAGGACUUGGAUGAGGCAGGGGAAAGAGAAUCAGGGGCAAAAACUGGAAGGAAGAGUAGAAGACAUCCUGAUGAACAGACAGAGCAGAAGGAAAGCAACAAAGACAGCAUGGCAGAGCAUCCGCCCAUCAUAAUGAACAAGCUCUGUUUUAUACAGCGUCUCCCCACAUAUUAUAAUGACUCCUGUAAAGAUCCCACUAGUGCCGAGACCCCUGUAUACGGCACACUAGCCUCACACAGCUCCAUGGAUGAUAAACAUGAUCUCAAACUCAGCGCCCAAGUUCUACAGGAGCACAGAGAUUCUGAUUUAACUGCAGCUAAUGGUAAAGGGAAGUCUUGUAUGCUUGCAGAUAAAGAAAACCUGUUUGACAGCAUUACCUCUUUUCCAAAUGAUAAAAGUGGUGAAUCAGAUGAAGCACGUCCAGGUGAACCGGAUCAAAAUGAAAUCAGACUGAGUGCGACAACUUUUAAAACUGAAAAACUUACCUCUACAGAAGAAAAGACAGGAGAAGGUAUUUCUGAUCACAGUGCUUUAUCACUGCAAGACUGUGACGGGAGCCCUCGCCCAGCAUUGUCCACUAGUGGUGUCAAUUUACCUGACAGUAAAGCAGAUACUCAACAUGAAGAACUAACUCAUGAGAAGAUGCCAGAGGCACAUGCUGUUAGAACUGAAUCUGAUAGCAAAGGAGAGCCGGGUGCAUGCUACCAGGCAGGCACAGAACCAGGCAUUGCUUUCAAUGAGCCUUACAAUGUAGAUACUAAUUCGGCAGCAGCAGAUAACAUGGCCAUGAUAAACAGGUGCGGUUUCAGAGGACAAAGACAAGAAAAGCAAUCCAUCAGGAGUAUGGACAGUUGUGAAAACAUGAUUAAUUGCUUUACAUCAGACGCUGAAGUAACUGACUCCCACACUUACAGUGUUGAAAGCCUUUGUUUCCCAGAGACUCCCCAACAAUGUAAAGAGGACAUUGGCCCAAAGCAUGUCAUGACUACCAUUCAAAAUAAAAUCAGGAGAAAAAGAGCUCUAAGCGAGGAUCCUCUGAGCCCAAUUAAUAAUAAAGUAGGAACCCAAAUUUCCUAUGUUGCCAGUGCCAUGAAACACAGUUUUCCUGGCAAUGAAAACCAGACAGACAAAUUGAACAGAUCAUUUUUUCUGAAACGAAGAACAUCUAGCCUUCCACCUGCGCAGUUCUCCACUGGCAAAGCCAGGAGAAAGGCAGUCGCCUUUAGUUCUGUUUCUGACUUGGGUAGAUAUAAAAAGGACUGUAGUGCCCCCGCUCCACGUGAUGUGGACUUGCUGAAUGACAACCAGUACCUGGAAAUGAACCUUCUCUAUGAAGUUGCUGAAAACAAAGGCCGUCGAAGAAGGGGGAAGUCUUGCCCAGGUCCAUCUCUCCCCUGUGAAAAAGUGCUGUAGUGUAUUAAGGCAUACUGUAUAGUAUGCAUUUCUCUUUUUAAUUAAGACAGCUAUAGAAGUAUCGAUACAGGACCAUGUAUCGUCACAUAGAUUAUUAAUAAGCAAAAUAAGAAAACAAGAUACGUGUUAAACACCAUCAAAUUACUUAACAAGUCCUUUUGCAGUUCCCCGGUAAAAUAUGAAAUUGAAAGCAACAUAAAAAUUCUAAAAACUCCCUUACC